ACGUCCUCUGCUUUUGGCGCGGUUCUGGUAGCGGUGUCGGCCAUCUUGGUAUCACAUCGCCGUUUCGGGCAACUCCGCGAGACGCCGCACGAGCUUACUACUCAUUGAUUGACAUCGUGUCGUUAAACAAGAAAAACAAACUGUUUUUGCAGCCUCUUUUUGCGAACACAGCAGGUGCGUUUGUUUUCUAUAACUCACUGAGUGGUGAAGCAAACUGAGGAUUGUUGAAACAACCGUUAUGGCGACUGCUACCCCAAGCCGUGAAGCUGGCCGGCCGGCGGCCUCUACACCUCUCUCCCCGACCCGCAUCUCCCGCUUACAGGAGAAACAAGAUCUGCAGCACCUGAACGAUAGGCUGGCCGUGUAUAUCGACCGGGUCCGGGCACUGGAACUGGAGAACGACCGGCUGAUGGUCAAAGUCUCUGAGAAAGAGGAGGUGACUACCAGGGAGGUGACAGGACUGAAGGCUCUGUAUGAGGCAGAGUUAGCUGAUGCCCGACGGGUUUUGGAUGAAACUGCUAGAGAGAGAGCCAGACUCCAGAUAGACUUGGGCAAGGCUCAGGCCGAUCUUGACGAAGCCACCCGCAGUGCCAAGAAGAAGGAUAGUGAUCUUGCUGCAGCGUUGUCCAGGGCCAGUGCUUUGGAAGGCCAGCUGAACAAGAGUGAAGCAGCUCUUUCUACAGCUCUGAGCCAGAACGCUGCUCUGACUUCUGAGCUGGCUGAUGUCAGUAGCCUGCUGACUAAGGCGGAGGACAGCCAUGCUGUUGCAAAGCGCCAGUUGGAGGCAGAGACACUGAUGCGUGUAGACUUGGAAAACCGCUGCCAAUCCCUGAGCGAAGAUCUGGAGUUCAGGAAGAGUAUGUUUGAAGAGGAGGUGCGUGAGUCUCGGCGUCAUCAGGAGCACAGGAUCGUGGAGGUGGACUCUGGAGUCAGACAGGACUAUGAGUUCAAACUGGCACAAGCUUUACAGGACCUGAGGAAGCAACAUGAUGAGCAGGUCUCUCUUUAUAAAGACGAACUGGAGCAAACCUUCCAGGCCAAGCUGGAUAAUGCCAAGAUGUCCUCAGAGAUUAAUGACAAGGCAAUGAGCACCGCCAGGGAGGAGGUGCAGGAGUCCCGAAUGAGAAUAGAGAGCCUCGGCUAUCAACUGAAUGCCCUGCAGAAACAGGUGGCUGCCUCAGAGGAUCGUAUCAGGGAGCUGGAGGAGAUCCUGUCAUCGGAGCGCGAGAAGCACCGCCGUGCCAUUGAAGGAAAAGAACAAGAGAUGAGCGAACUGAGAGAGAGGAUGAACGCUCAGCUCAGUGAAUACCAGGAGCUGUUGGACGUGAAGCUUGCCCUCGAUAUGGAGAUCAAUGCAUACAGGAAACUGCUGGAGGGAGAGGAGCACAGACUGAAGUUGUCCCCCAGUCCAUCAUCUCGAGUCACCGUGUCCAGGAUAUCAGGAUCUUCCUCCUCCCGCACCUCCAAGAGGAAGAGAGUGGAGGCUAAGGAUGUCUCAGAGGUGGACAUAGGAGAGGGCCAGCUGCUGGUGUCGGAGGAGGCCACAGCAAGUGGAGCAGUCACUAUAUCACCCACCGACAUGGAUGGAAAUGCAGUCACGCUGACCAAUGAUACUGAACAGGACCAACCUUUGGGCAACUGGAGGUUGAAGAGACAGGUUGACAACGGGGACGAGGUCGUCUACAAGUUCUCCCCAAAGUUUGUCCUCAAGGCCGGGCAGUCAGUCACGGUGUGGUCUGCUGAUGCUGGCGUGGCCCACAGUCCACCAUCUGACCUGCUGUGGAAGAGCCAGGCUUCCUGGGGGACAGGAAGUGACAUAGUUACCGCUUUGAUGAAUUCUGACGGCGAGGAGGUGGCCAGAAGGAGUGUAACCAAGACUCAGGUAGAAGUGGAGAAUGGAGAGGAAGAGGAGGAUGUGGAACAAACAGGCAAGGUGUCAUCCAGAGAGUGUGCCAUCAUGUGAAACCUUCCUGUCCUGUCGAUUGCUUUGACUUCCCAAUUUCCAAAUUUUUUUUUUUCUAGAGCCACUCCGAUAUGAUCAUGUCUGUUGCCUCAUCAUUUGGUGUUUUGUUUUUUUUUAAGUUUCUCUGGACUAAUGGACAUGUUUUUACUGCCCUCCACUUUUCUGGACCUACUUUAAUGAGUCAUUUACCUAAAUAAUACUAGCAAUGCUAAUGUCUGUGGAUCACUCAUAUGUUGGAUCCUUUCUCCUGUCAGUCUAUCUUUCUUCAAGCACAGCAGAACACAACGUGUAACGAUUGCACGGAAAUUCACUAAAAGAACCUGUCAUUUGAGUUCUUAAAAUAGUACCUCCGCUGUGUGGCCAUAAAGAUUUAAUAACUUUAAUAUUGAACUAAUGAUGAGAAUGGAUUGAAUUUUGGAACUGUUUUUCCCUCCAAAAUCAAGACAUUUCUGACAGAGAGCUCUGUCUGUUUCCCUUCUAUAACAUUUAUUUGUGUGGUUACGUAGAUUUUGCCCUGACGCACAUUUUCCUGUGUUUUUAUUUAUGUCUUCCUUUGAAAGAUCUAAACUGAGACACAGUUGAAUUUACAGAUUGACUGAAAAGCCAGUUAAAAUGAGGGGGUCUUGUGUUGGAAAGCUGAUUUCCUUCCAUUAUAUGUCAGCGAUCAGAGCUUAGACCACUACAGAUGAACUCUGGGACACACUUUGUCUUUACAUGACCUGCUCUCAGAGACCUGAUCUGCUGGCCCUCCAUCCCUUUGUCCUCCUCUCCCCUCCUUAUCAUCAUCAUUAUUAUUAUUUGUAUUAUUUGUAUUAUUAUUAUUGGUUUAAAGAUAAUAAUGUGAUAGUUAAUCUGAUUUCAGUCUUACUUGUCAGAGCUGAAUUAAAGAAUUAAACAUUUGAUACUUGCUGGAAAGGCUUAGAGAGCAGAAGGUGUUUGGAGCCUCACGUGGUGCCACCUUCCAGUUCUUCUAAGUUUCCACAGUGACUGUUGCUGUUGCCUGUAGGGACUCCCUGUGGCAGGGCCAACUCCUGAACGAAAACACUACAUUUUCGUUUCAAACUUUUUUUUUUUCUGAUAGUAUGUGGAAAAAUUGGUUUGUCAGUACUGCCUUUGUGUAGUAUGUAGUGGAAAACAUGGUGGUGCUUCCAGGCAGCCCAACAAACAUCUGUUGUGCUGCCUCGAAAACCUUUGUUACUGUAUUGCUUGUCUUGUAGCUCUAAGUCAGUGGCAAUGGCCAGUUAUAAAAAAGAUAUAUUGGAAUGAAACACUAAAAUCUGAAGUGACGAGACCUUUGGAACCUGCUCAUUAACCUUAUCAGGGGUUUUGUCUUACCUGAUAUGUAAGUUCUUUAUCACAAUCAGCCCAUUGCAGUCUCCUGUCUUUCCCCUUGUUGACUAUGAGUUCAGUGUUUACUGACGUUUCAGCUCUGAUCAGGUCCACCAACACCUUUGUGAAACAAGUAACUAUUAAGUAGCUACAUGUUCAGUCUGUUUGAGCCAAAGCAAUGAGCAGAGCUGCAGACUAGACCGAGACAAGGACAGCUGUAUACAGACAGGAAGAGAAGUGAAAGUGCAACUUGGCUGUCACCUGUAUGGCACCACACGGACUACUAGAGUUGAGCCUGUGGCAGCUUGUUGCAAACAUCUCCUGUAUGAAAAGGUUGUUGUCUUGGGCAAGUCGGCUUGCAGCCAUUAAACUCAUGAACUUAUGGUGUUUAAAUUGGUGUCGGCAGGUCUUCUCUGCUGGGGAUCGUGAUGGGACAGACUAGCCCAGUCUUUUGUCUCUGUGCAAAGCAACACGGCUGCUCUUAAAAUACGGAGCGGCCAAAACGUGGCUCGAGUAACAGUUGGAUGUGGGUUUGGCGUUUCGGUUCCCAGUUGGCCAACUGAAAUAAAAUGUUGUUAAGAAAAGCCUCAGGAAUGGCUUUGUCAAUCUGAAGUAUUGAACUGACAUAACAUUGCCUCCAUUUUAUGUACACACAAGGUAAACAGUGAAAGCAACACUCUUAUCUCGAUCUCUGCAUUGUCCUCUCUGUAUGCUUUGGAUUGCAGUACGUUGUACAAGUGUUGCUUCCACAACUUGUCACCUUCAGGCAAUUCAAUUCUUGUGUGUUUGUAUGCUGUGCGUUACAUUGCUAGUUAUUUUUCUAUAGCAUUUUCAUCUAUGUACUCGAUUUGUUUACAUGUUUGCAUAUUACUUUGUGCUUAGGAUUUCUGGGGGGUGAUUAAGGUUGGGUGUUGAUAAUCUAAACAGAAGCUGGUCAGCUUCACACUCGAUUUCUGGAUUCCUCUAAAUCAUCACUGAACACUCCUGCUGCAGUGUUGUGCCCAGAGUUUCAAGUCUUCACUUGGGUUUUUCAUUGACAAGAAGCUUCUUGUCUUGUUAUUGAACAUUUGAAUUAGGUAGUCUGGCAGUGUUAGACUAACUGUGAAUGUUAAGUUAAUACUGAUCUUUCAUAUACAAUGGAAAUUCAGUCCCUCCAGGAAGUCUCAAUCUUCCAAUUGAACCAAUCCCUGCAGUACUUUUGUUUGUUGUGUUCUCGUUACAAAACCUGGUCAAAUCUUUUACCAAAUCACUGUUUAAAUACAGAAUCUGUUUUUCAAAGAGUCAAAUAAGCUUCACUAGAACUACAUGGAGUUCUUUAUUUUCUGAACCUUUUGUUGCAUAAUAAUAUGCACGAUCAUCAGUGAUUUGCAUUUUGUAAACUGACCUAAUCACUAGUGUUUUAUAAAAUAUAAAACUAAAUGGUGAAUGGUGCCAAAAUGAAUGUAUGUAGGUAACUUUUUUUCCCCAGUCAUUUUUGGCUGCAUUAACCGAAAAACCCCAACUGUGAUCCUGGAGGGACUGUUACUUGGGUCUGACUUGGUCUGCUACUUUUAACACCCAAGUUUUAAUCACUGAAACAGAGACCUGGUGUAUUCAUGUCAGGGGGGAGCAUGCCAAAUGUCAGUUUUCAUUUAUGAUUAACUGUUGAACUACUUUUUGUACACACAAUAAAUGUUUUGCAUAUACA